GGUUAAACCAGUUUCAAGAGAGAGUAACCGGUUUCACUCAAAUAGCAGCUUCAUCACUGAGAGAGAUACUGCUGGUGGCCGAGGACGGAGCAAAGACGUUAAACGCCGUCGUCCACACCUCUUCCAUUCUUCUUCCCCCCGCCCCCCUCUCCUUCAGAAUCGAUUGAUUACUUCAUCCAUCAACCAUCAUCGAAGUUUUUUUUUUUUUAAACCUUGCUGCGUUUUGUCAAAAUCAUCUCCAGAGGUGCAAAAUUUAUAAAAUAAAAAAGAAUAGAAGAAAAAGACGCAGAAAGAUGAGGAAAAUUGGUGGGUGUGAUCUAUCAUUGGUCUUAUUAGCAAUCAGCUUUUCCGUACUAUUCGCACCUGUGCUGUCCGAUCUUGUCAUCUCCAAGGUCGAUCGACGUGUUGAUUUGACAUCACAGCACGUCCGCUUAUUUACUACCCUCAAGCUGGAAAACAAUGGAACUGAUAGUGUGUCAGAGGUUUUGCUGCCCUUCCCCGAUCACCAGUCCAAAAAUUUGGCCUUCUUGACGGCAACUACUACUGAAGAGAAAGGGAAAUCAAAAACUUCUUCCCAGGCCCUUCCUAUUAAGGUUGUUAACCCGGAAGGAAUGCCCAUCUCAUUGGCUUGGUAUUCUGCGUCUCUACCCAAGGAAUUGGGUAAAGGGGGGCAGUUGACACUCGAGAUUAGGGCAGUUUUCACGCAUGCACUGCGACCAUUCCCUGAGAAGAUCACUCAAGCUGAUGCCCAGCUUGUGGUGUUCCAGGAUAGUGCUUAUUAUCUCUCUCCUUAUGCGGUCAAGGCACAGUCCUUUACUGUUAAGUUGCCUGAGCCAAGGGUUGAAUCAUAUACAAAGCUUGAGAAUGCAAAGCUUUCUGGUUCAGAAAUCAAAUAUGGACCUUAUGAGAAUAUUCCACCUUUCUCGUACACCCCGAUAGUGGUUCAUUUUGCUAGCAAUGGACCUUUUGCUGUUGCUAAAGACUUGGUGCGUGAGAUAGAGAUUUCCCACUGGGGUAAUGUGCAAAUCACAGAGCACUACAAUCUAAUCCAUGCUGGUGCAGAGAGCAUUGGCGAGUUUUCAAGGCUAGACUAUCAGGCUCGACCUUAUCUAAGAGGUGCAUCAGCAUUCAGGCAUCUUAUUGCCAGAUUACCCCCGAGGGCUCACUCUGUUUAUUAUAGGGAUGAGAUCGGCAAUAUCUCAACAUCUAACUUAUGGGGUGAUUCGACUAAGACCCUGCUGGAAAUCGAACCCAGGUAUCCAUUGUUUGGUGGCUGGAAAACUUCUUUUACCAUUGGCUAUGGCCUUCCCCUUCAUGACUUCUUGUUUCAGUCAGAGGGACAACGUUUUCUAAAUAUCUCUUUUGGCUCUCCAAUGAAUGAGUUGUUGAUUGACAAUCUCAUUGUGAAGGUUAUCUUACCAGAGGGUUCAAAAGACAUAACUGUUUCUGUGCCAUUUCCUAUCAAAGAGUGGCAAGAGAUGAAGUUUUCCCAUUUGGAUAUGGUUGGUAGACCAGUAGUUGUUUUGGAAAAGACAAAUGUCGUCCCAGAGCACAACCAAUAUUUUCAGGUCAAAUACAGAUUCAACAAUCUUUCUUUGUUUCGGGAGCCAUUGAUGUUAAUCUCUGGGUUUUUCUUCCUUUUUGUUGCUUGCAUAAUCUACACGCAUGCUGACUUCACAAUAUCGAAGUCUUCAGCUUCCUAUGUAGCAAAAUUGCAAUGGGAUGAGGUACAAACUGCUAUUCAGCAGUUCCAGGGUGUUAUGAGCAGAUGUUUGGCAAUCCAUGAUAAGCUGGAAGCAUCACUCCGUGAUCUUUCUAGGACUGGUGAUGCUCAAGCUUGCAAAGCUGCACGAAAAGCGGCUGACAGUUCACUGAAGGAGCUUUCCAAGGAGUUGACUUUGCUAGCAUUCUUGCAGUCUUCUCCACAGGCUGCUCAGAUUCUGCCCAAGGUGGAUGAACUGGUUGUCAAAGAGAAAGAACUCCAGGAAAAGCUCAUGUUAAAACACUCCAUAGUAGUUGAUGCUUUUGAGAAAAGGUCUGGCGGACGGGAUACCGAGAGCCGUGUGGCUUCAAUCCAGCAGAAAAUUACAGCAUUGAGACUGGAAGUUGAUGAUCUUCUUGAGGUGAUUGAUGAGAUAUAGUCCUUUGGAGAACAGACAUAAGCCUGAAGUGGUUUCCUCAACUUGAAGAUCUUUGCCUCCGCUUACAAUGGGUUGGAUCAAAAAAAGUUUUGCAUUAACUAGGGACAUUAUGUAUUUGACGGGCUAACAUUCAGUUUACUGGUGUCAUUUUUCCAUAGUGGAUAUUGUCUUCAGUAAGGUGAUACAUGACUUUAUAAUUGAAGCUAUGGCUGCCAUGAUAUGAUGUCUUAAUUAGUAUUAGUAUUGUUCUU